AUGUCAACUGAACAAAGCAACGGUCCUCCUUCUGGGAUCCAGGUUGUUCGCAAGAAGCUUCAAGGCUAUGUUGGUUUUGCCAAUCUUCCCAACCAAGUCCAUCGCAAGUCUGUAAAAAAGGGUUUCCAGUUUACCUGCAUGGUUGUCGGUGAAUCUGGUCUUGGAAAGUCUACUCUUGUGAAUACGCUCUUCAACACUGGUCUAUAUCCCCCAAAGGAAAACGUGGAAUUAUCGCAUGAAACUCCCCAGACUGUGGAGAUCCAAUCCAUUACUGCUGAUAUCGAGGAGAAUGGUGUCCGCUUGGAAUUGACGGUGGUGGAUACUCCUGGAUUUGGUGACUUUGUUAACAAUGAGCAAAGCUGGAAACCAAUUCUUGACAGUAUUGAAUCCCGUUUUGAUGCUUACUUGGAACAAGAAAAUCGGGUCAAUCGCCGUCGCUUGGUCGAUAAUCGCAUCCAUGCCUGCAUUUACUUUAUUCAACCAACAGGCCAUGCAUUGAAGCCAUUGGAUAUCGAAUUCAUGCGCCGGUUGCAUACACGCGUCAAUUUGAUCCCCGUUAUCGCUAAGGCUGAUACAUUGACUGAGGAAGAAGUCAUGGCAUUCAAACAACGCAUCCUUGCCGAUAUCAAUCAUCACAAGAUCCAGAUUUAUCAAGCACCCGCUUAUGAAUACGAUGAUGAGGAAACGAUUGCCGAGAAUCGUGAGAUCAUGUCCAAGAUCCCUUUUGCUGUCGUUGGUUCUGACAAGGAGUUCGAGGUUGCUGGUGGUCAACGUGUACGUGGUCGCAAGUAUCCUUGGGGUGUCAUUGAGGUGGAUAAUGAAGAACAUUGUGACUUUGUGAAAUUGAGACAAAUGUUGAUCCGCACACACAUGGAAGAGCUCAAGGAAUAUACCAAUGACGUCUUGUACGAGAACUACAGAACCGAAAAGUUGACAGCUAUGGGCAUUCAACAAGAUCCUACAGUUUUCAAGGAAGUCGACCCCAUUCAAAAGAUGGAAGAAGAGCGUCUUGCUCACGAGCAAAAACUUUCAAAGAUGGAAGCGGAAAUGAGAGCUGUAUUCCAAGCCAAGGUUCAAGAGAAGGAAACCAAGUUGAAGCAAUCAGAGGAAGAGCUUUAUGCCCGUCAUAAGCAAAUGAAGGAAGCCCUUGAGAAGCAGCGUCUCGAAUUGGAAGAAAAGCGACGUCGUUUGGAAUCCGGUCGACCCAUCACACCUGAAAAAUCAGCCAAGAAGCGUGGUUUCACCUUUAACAAGUAA